ACCACCCCCAGGACCUCCUCGCCAGCCGCAGAACCUCGUCACCACCCCUGUGACCUCGUCACCGUCCCCUCACUGGGAUGUGACCUUCUCCACCGCCCCCAGAGCAGCGCCGGGAGCCCCAGAGUGACACCGGAACCCCCAGAGCCGCCCUCUGCUGUCACCUCAGGUCCCAUGGCCGACAGCUGCUCAUCCGCCGUCCCCUCUUGUCCCCUCCCUGGGGAGGUGACGGCCACCCCCGAGGACGUCCCUCGUAUCCCCGAAGCUGCGCAGCCACCGGACGGAGACGUCCCCGGCGGGGUUGGGGACACCCGUGUCCCCGUUGUCACCCCCUGGGCCGGUGGCAUCACCAUCACCGUCACCGCGGCUCCGGCGGAUGAGGACAGCCGAGACUUUGGGGACGAGGAUGUCCCAACCCUUGGGGACAGGGACGUCACCACCCCGAGGGACGUUGGGGACAGGAACGGUGUCACCCCAAAGGACACUGGGGACAGAGAUGUCACCACCCCGAGGGAUGCUGGGGACAGAGAUGGUGUCACUCCAAAGGACAUUGGGGACAGAGAUGUCACCACCCCGAGGGACGUUGGGGACAGAGAUGUCACCACUCCAAGGGACGUUGGGGACAUUGAUGGUGUCACCCCAAGGGACAAAGAUGUCACCACUCCAAAGGACGUUGGGGACAGGAAUGGUGUCACCCUGAAGGACAAAGAUGUCACCACCCCGAAGGACGUUGGGGACAGAGAUGUCACCACCCCGAGGGACGUUGGGGACAGGAACAGUGUCACCCCAAAGGACGUUGGGGACAUUGAUAGUGUCACCCCAAGGGACGUUGGGGCCAGGGACGGUGUCACCGCUGGGGCCACCGGCGCCGGGGGUGGUGGCGUCCCCGGGGACAGGGACGUUCCGGCCAUAGGGGACAUCGAGGACAGGGAUGUCCCAUCUCCCGGGGACACGGAUGUCACCAACCGAAGGGGCUCUGGGGACGUCUCAGUCUCUGAGGACAAAGAGGCGGAGGACGGGGACGUCCCCGCUCCAGGGGACGGAGGUGCCACCACCCCGGGGGACACCGGGGACAGCGCUGCCACCAAAGCCGCGGGUGACAAAGAGGUUGGGGACACACAGGUCUUUGUCCUAAGGGACGUUGGGGACACGCAGGGCUUUGUCUUAAAGGACGUUGGGGACAAGGAUUUUGGGGACAAGAACGUUGGGGACACACAGAUCUUUGCCCUAAGGGACAUUGGGGACAAGGACGUUGGGGACAACAACAUUGGGGACACGCAGGCCUUUGUCUUAAGGGAGGUUGGGGACAAGGACGUUGGGGACAAGGACAUUGGGGACACACGGGUCUUUGUCCGAAGGGACGUUGGGGACAAGGACAUUGGGGACAAGGACGUUGGGGACACGCAGGUCUUUGUCUUAAGGGACAUUGGGGACGAGGAGAUUGGGGACACGCAGGUCUUUGCCCAAAGGGACAUUGGGGACAAGAAUGUUGGGGACAUGCAGGUCUUUGUCCAAAGGGACGUUGGGGACAAGGAUAUUGGGGACAAGAAUGUUGGGGACCAGGAUGUUGGGGACACGCAGGUCUUUGCCCUAAGGGACGUUGGGGACGAGGAGAUUGGGGACAAGGACAUUGGGGACAAGGACAUUGGGGACAAGGACGUUGGGGACACACAGGUCUUUGCCCUAAGGGACAUUGGGGACGAGGACAUUGGGGACAAGAAUGUUGGGGACAAGGACAUUGGGGACACACGGGUCUUUGUCUUAAGGGACGUUGGGGACAAGGACGUUGGGGACACGCAGGUCUUUGCCCUAAGGGACGUUGGGGACAAGGAUAUUGGGGACAAGAAUGUUGGGGACCAGGGUGUUGGGGACACACGGGUCUUUGUCUUAAGGGAUGUUGGGGACAAGGACAUUGGGGACACGCAGGUCUUUGCCCUAAGGGACAUUGGGGACAAGGACGUUGGGGACAAUGACGUUGGGGACACGCAGGUCUGCGUCGGGAGGGCAGGAGGUGUCGCGGCUCCUCGGGACGUUGGGGACAUCCCGGUCAGUGACACUGAGGACACGGAGGUCUCGGUCCUGAGGGACGUUGGGGACAUUGGGGGCGUCCCCACCCCAAGAGACAGCACGGACAGAGAGGUUGGGGACAGAGAUGUCCCAGUCCGAAGGGACGUUGGGGACAUCCGGGAUGACCUCAGAGGUGACAAGAACGUCACCGCCCCGAGGGACGUUGGGGACAGGGAUGGCCCAGUCCUGGGGGACAUCGGGGACAGGGACGUCACAGCCCUGAGGGACGUUGGGGACAUCGUUGGGGAGGACAUCGGGGACAGGGACGUCACAGCCCUGAGGGGCGGUGAGGAUGAGGACAUUUGGGUCGGGGACAUCGGGGACAGGGACGUCACCGCCCCGAGGGACGUUGGGGACAGGGAUGGCCCAAUCCUGGGGGACAUCGGGGACAGGGACGUCACAGCCCUGAGGGGCGGUGAGGAUGAGGACAUUUGGGUCGGGGACGUUGGGGACAGGGACGUCACAGCCCUGAGGGACGUUGGGGACAUCGUUGGGGAGGACAUUGGGGACAGGGACGUCACAGCCCUGAGGGACGUUGGGGACAUCGUUGGGGAGGACAUUGGGGACAGGGACGUCACAGCCCUGAGGGACGUUGGGGACAUCAUUGGGGAGGACGUUGGGGACAGGGACGUCACAGCCCUGAGGGACGUUGGGGACAUCAUUGGGGAGGACAUUGGGGACAGGGACGUCACAGCCCUGAGGGACGUUGGGGACAUCGUUGGGGAGGACGUUGGGGACAGGGACGUCACAGCCCUGAGGGACGUUGGGGACAUUGUCGGGGACAGAAGUGCCACUGCCCUGAGGGACGUUGGGGACGGGGACGUCGAGGCUGAAGACAUCUGGGAUGGGGACAUUGUCAGGGAGGACGUUGGGGACAGAAGUGCCACUGCCCCGAGGGACGUUGGGGACAUUGGAGACGUCGUAGGUGGGGACGUUGGGGAUGGGGACGUUGAGGACAUUGGGGUUGGGGACAUUGAGGACAUUGGGGACAUUGUAGGUGGGGACGUUGGGGACAGAGGUGUCCCAGCCCUGAGGGACGUUGGGGACGGGGACCUUGGGGACACCUGCGCUGCCGGUGGCGUCACCAUCACCAUCACCGUGACGGCGCCUCCCGCCGAGGACGUGGCCGGUGGUGACGUCACCUCGUGGGACCUCGCGGAGAGCCGAGAUGUCACCGACGUCAUCGCUGGGGGCGUCAGGGCCGGGGGUGACAUUAAUGGUGACACCGUCGCUGGGGACGUCUUCUCUGAUGACAUCACCGUUGGGGACAUCGUCGCUGGGGAUGACCUCAAUGGUGACAUCACUGUUGGGGACAUCGUCGCUGGGGAUGACCUCAAUGGUGACAUCGUCUCUGGGGAUGACCUCAGAGGUGACACCACUGUUGGUGACAUCGUCUCUGGGGAUGACCUCAGUGGUGACACCACUGUUGGGGACAUCGUCGCUGGGGAUGACCUCAAUGGUGACACCACUGUUGGGGACAUCGUCGCUGGGGAUGACCUCAAUGGUGACAUCACUGUUGGGGACACCGUCUCUGGGGAUGACCUCAGAGGUGACACCACUGUUGGGGACAUCGUCGCUGGGGAUGACCUCAGAGGUGACAUCACCGUUGGUGACAUCGUCUCUGGGGAUGACCUCAGUGGUGACACCACUGUUGGGGACACCGUCUCUGGGGAUGACCUCAGAGGUGACACCACUGUUGGGGACAUCGUCGCUGGGGAUGACCUCAAUGGUGACACCACUGUUGGGGACACCGUCUCUGGGGAUGACCUCAGAGGUGACACCACCGUUGGUGACGCCGUUGUUGGCGCUGCCCUCAGCGGAGCCCUCUCGGGGGCGGAGGCCAUGUCUGGGCGUGACGUCACUUCCUCCCUUCCUGGGGGGCACUUCGCUGAUGACGUCAUCACAGGUGACCUCACAGGUGACCUCACAGGUGACUCCUCCCCUUGGACCGAUGACGUCACUCCGGGAUCCGACCUCGGCCGUGACAUCAUCGACCUCCGAGGUGAGGGGGCGGAGCGCUCCGGCCGUGACGUCACCGAUGACAUCACUGAGGACGUCACAGCCCACAGAGGAGGGCCCCCCCAGACGCCCCCCCCCGGUUGCCCCCUCGUCUUCCUCACCCUCGUCUGCCUCCUCCUCGUCCUCCUCCUCCUCGCGGGGGUCUUUGCGGUGAGGGGGGGACAUUAUGGGACACGGGGGGGGUCCUGGGCGCCGUCCCCGAGCGGCCGUGGGGACGCUUCCUCCAUCCCCGGGACCCCCUGGGGACACCAGGGUCACCUCCUGGCCUGGAGGUGUCACCCCAACAACCCAAGGGGCCUCCCCAAGGACCACCCCGACGUCCCCAAGGACCACCUCUAUGUCCCCAAGGACCACCCCGAUAUCCCCAAAGUCCAUUCCAACGUCUCCAAGGUCUCCAAAGUCCACCCCAAGGUCCCCAAGGUCUUCUCCAACGUCCCCAAGGUCCCCAAGGUCCAUUCCAACGUCCUCAAGGUCCACUCGAGCGUCCCCAAGGACCAGGGUCUUGGCCCCAAGGUGUAG